AAUUUAACACUAUAUAUUCUAUAAAUCGAAAAUACUAUACUUUAAUUUUAGUAACUAAGUAUUUAAAUUUUGUAACACUACUCUUUCAUCUUGAUCAAUUCAAAAUUCUGUUGUGAUUUAUUCGUGCAUCAUGAAUUCGAAGCAUCUUUCGUCCACUGCUAAUUCUGUCAUCCAUCAAUGUUCUAUGAAAUUACACACCUCUGUGGAUGCAUUGUUGGAAGAAUAUAAGGGAGUAUGGAAGCCAGAGAUGGGCGAAUAUUCACGAAAAUUAGUGGAGUUUUGCUGCUCAAAGGCUGUAAGACAGGGGCCAGCUUGUGGCGAAGAUGACUAUAUUAGUGAUAGUUCCUUUAGCCGCUUCACAUUUGACAUGAUGCUAGCAUGGCAGAUGCCAAGCUCUGCUGAUGAAGAAUCUUACAGGGAAUCUUUAGGUAAAGAGAAAGAAGAGAAGAAAUCCCUUGUAGCGACUCAACCACACGAAGAUGUGUCAUUGUUCUAUUCUGACAUCAUGCCACUGCUCGUUGAUCAUGGACAAGGUGUUAAGGAAGAUGCUUUUGUAUGGUUUGCAACAAUGCUCCCUUUGCCUGGAGAUGUAAUCAAUGGCAGAUUCAUCUUUGAAACGCUUACGGCAUCUACAGCAAACAUUCUCCAUUAUCCAGCCUACGAUAGAUUUCUCACAGAAAUUGCCAAGUGUAUAAGGCAUUUGCAAAAGGAAAAAACACCAAAGGGUGUCAAACUCGCUGAUGAUGAAUAUAUAUUGCAUGUUGAGGGAACGGCAAGUAGUCAACGGGUAGUCCGUCAUAUUGGAGGAACAAGCUGGCCAGGUAGACUGACACUCACCAACUAUGCUCUCUACUUUGAGGCCAUGGGAUCUAUAAAUCAUGAAGAUUCAAUAAAAAUGGAUCUCUCUAGGAAUAUCGAGCAGAGUGUGAAACCAGCUGCUACAGGUCCAUGGGGCGCUCCACUUUUUGAUAAAGCCAUGCUUUAUGAAUCCUCAGAACUGUAAGACUUUGAUCAGCUAGUUAGAAGUAACCUUAUUA